AUAAAGUUUUCCUGCCAAAAAUAACUACGGAGCAGAUAAACCAAUAUUUUGUUUACAGAAUAGCAGGUGAUAAGCAGUUUACGAAAGACAUUAAGGCAGUGUCCAAGGGUUCUGCAAUGUUCCAAGGGAAUAGAGUGCAGGCAUGCUCUGUUGUUGUGAAAGAAAAUGACAUCUACUUUACGGGGAUUGUUGGUGCUGCGAUGAAAAAUAAGGUUUCUUAUAACUAUAAACUGAAAAUGGACAAAAGGACAGGAGAUGCCAUAAAUAGUGACUGCGAGUGUCCGGCAGGAAAAGGACCCCAUGGGACCUGUAAGCACCUAGCUGCUGUCAUGCUCAUGCUGCAGCAUUUUACAGAGACAGGGAAUGUUGCUGUUGAUAAAAGUUGUACUGAAAAUCUGCAGCUUUUCCACAAACCAAAGGCAACUUACCAUGGUGUCCCAGUGGAGGCAGAAAGUAUUCCAUCAAAGAGAAAACUGUCUGAAGAAGGGGACAUUCAAUCCACGGCCAGCAAAAUUCAGAAAAAUGCCAGAUUGCUGCUGUUGAUCAUCAUUAUACUAGUAUACCUAUUACAGAGUACUGGGUGGAUGAAGCAAACAAGGUUUGUAAACACACUAAUUAAAUGUGUCACCGGGUUCACAGGUGCGUGA